AUGAAUUACAAAAAGGACUGGAUUCCAAAUCUGAAAAGUAAAAAUAGAGAAAAGACUAGUAAAAGACCAGAGAUACUAGGAAUCGCUACGGAAUACUACCAAAAUUUAUACCAAAGUCGAAAAGGGGAACAAGUAAUAAAUGAUUAUAGUUCAAUAAACAAAGAUGAGAUUAAACCAAUUCUAAAAUACGAAACAAUAAAAUCUAUCCAAUCACAAAAACUAGAUAAGGCACCUGGAUCUGACUUAAUCACAAACGAACUACUGAAAACCACGUCACCAGUGAUAGCACCUAGACUUACAGAUUUGUUCAAUGAAAUUCUCGAAAAUGAAACCAUCCCGGAAGACUGGACUAAAUCGAUAAUCAUACUGCUGCAUAAGAAGGGAGACAAGGGUGAUAUAGGAAAUUAUAGGGAAUUUAACAAAACGUACUACAUAGGAUUCGUCGACUUUAACAAAGCGUUCGACACAUUGGAACAUGAUUAUAUAUGGGACGCUCUAAAAAGACAAGGAGUACAAGCAAAAUACAUACGAAUAAUUAAAAACGUAUACGCAGCCAGUACCGCACAAGUUAAACUUGAAUCUACGGGCAACGAAUUUCCUAUUACAAGAGGCGUACGCCAAGGUGAUCCUAUAUCGCCAAAAUUAUUUUCUGCUGUGCUAGAAAUGAUCUUUAGGAAUUUAAACUGGACCAGAAUGGGACUCAAUAUAAAUGGCCAAAACCUCAACCAUCUACGCUUCGCAGAUGAUUUGAUUUUGUUCUCAGAGGACGCAGGAACACUGGGACUUAUGUUGCAGCAACUAUCCAAUGAAAGUGCUAAGGCCGGUCUGUCAAUGAACUUAACCAAAACCAAAAUUAUGACGAACGCCCAACUAACAGUAAACAACGAACAAAUAAUAGUAAAUAACGAACCAAUAGAAUAUGUAAAUGGAUACAUAUAUUUGGGCCAACUUAUAUCUGCAGAUGAUUGCAUGAACAAAGAAAUAGAGAGAACAAUAACUAAUACUUGGAAACGGUUUUGGUCUCUUAGAGAAAUAAUGAAGGACACAGAUAUGCCAAUGACAGGAAAAAAGAAAAAAUUCGAAACAUGCAUUAUACCAUGCCUAUUAUAUGGGUGCCAGACAUGGGCGUUAACAGAAAGGCAGGAAAAUAAAUUAAAAGUCUGCCAAAACGCAAUGGAAAGGAGUAUUUUAGGUAUAAAAAGAAGAGAUAGAGUAAAAUUACAAGAAAUUAAAAAGAAAACAAAAUUCAAAAAUGUACACACAAUCUACAGACAGCUUAAAUGGCGUUGGACCGGACAUAUGUUGAGAGAAAGUACAGAAAAAUGGACAAGGAUAGUAACUGAGUGGUAUCCAAGAUAUACCAGAAGAAAAAGAGGUAGGCAAACGAAAAGAUGGGAAGACGACUCCAACAAAAUAGCUGGUCAGGUAUGGACUCGUUUAGCAAAAGACAGGAAUACGUGA